UGCAUACAAUAUUAAGUUACAACUAAGUAAGUAAUUAAGGAGUAAUAUUUUUUCUGAUUUUUAAUAAACGUUCAAAAUAAAUCCGAUUACACUGGUACAUUUGACAGAUAUCAUGUUUCUCGCACGAGUGGAUAAACUCUACUUGACUUGUCAACUGGUAAUCUCAUCCAUUCACUAUCCCAUCUUUCAACUCACCAAUAAAAGUCGAGAGGCGGGGCUUGUGAAAGAGAUAGAUAUCCCUAAUUUACGAUGUGUACGAAAGAGACAGGUGCAGGGUGGUAGGCUGUCACAGUAGGCGGGAUGUCGGAAAUGAAUGAAGCCGGGUAGACUUGACAGUGUAAGUUUGAAAUUCGCGUCGAAUACUACCAGUGGCGGUGCACGGGUUAACUAAUGACGUAUUACGCCGAUUCGAAUUUUAAAUUCGGCCGUUAUAUUAUUUUUUAAUUAAAGUUAAUAUUUUUUCUAUAAAAAAUUGUGUGUAAUCAAAUAUCAGACUUUUAUUUAUAAUUUGAAUUUCUUUUUUAUUAAAGAAAAAAAAAUGAUGUUUUUGAUAUUGGACUAGAUUUAGUUGAACUAGUGAAGUGACACAGUGUCCAAUAGUUUGUUGUCAUAAUAUUCCGCGAUGUCGGAAACAGGUCGACGCGGUGCUGCCUACACUAUUGAUAAUAUACUCGGGCAUAGAGACAGACAAACAGAUCGGAUAGAACUGAAAAGUGAAAGUGGUGGGCACUCAGAUUCCGAGCACGAGCACGACCAUGACCACGAGCACACCGAGCACGGCGAGCAUAGCGACCACACACACAACGAGCACACAGAUCACGGCGAGCAUUUAGAAGCACUUGAUGCUGGGCGACCACGCAAGCAGGUACGCCGCAGCCGAACUACCUUCACCACGUACCAGCUGCACGAGCUGGAGAGGGCCUUCGACAAGACGCAGUACCCUGACGUCUUUACCAGGGAGGAGUUGGCCAUGAGGCUGGACCUCAGCGAAGCCAGAGUACAGGUGUGGUUCCAAAAUAGACGGGCAAAAUGGCGCAAACGGGAGAAGGCGAUGGGUAGAGAUCACGCGCCUUUUAUGCACCACGAGCAUGUAGUAGGCGAGUGGGCAGGUGGCGCCCCACCAGGUGGGGAGUGGUGGGCACUGGGACUGGGGGCUGGACUGGGAGCUCUCGGGGUCCCAACGCCGUUGUGGCAUGAUGCUGAACCGGCUGCAGCUUUCCGUGCAUUACUGCAUAGGUAUGUGCUAGCCUUACCACCACCAGCGUUACGUCCACCAGAGCCGGACCCACCAGCGCCAUCAUCCCCACCCUCGCCCCCAUCCCCCUCAUCCUCCUUGGCACGUCUGGCAAGCGCUGAAGCACUACGUCUCCGAGCCCACGACGCAUUGUUACAAGAUCAUGUCGCCUUACAACACAAUAACAAAGUGCAUACGUAACCUGAUUUGAAUUUAGCAUUAGAAUUACGUGUGAAAUUAGUCUACACCAGGCCCACGUUACGAACAUAUGCAACCAAAUCAUUUAAUUUGAUCAAUUUGCACUAUAAAAUAACUAGGUAGAUCAUAGAUGACAUCUAUCGUUAUAGAUAUUUUGGAUAGAAGCUUUGGUUGCAUGUAUUCAUGUUCCAGUUUUGUCAGUUUAAGGACAGUGCCGACUCUUAUAAACAUAGUGACUGUUCUACUCUGUACACACUCGACUUCAAAAAGGUAAUAGUUUUAACUUAUUUUAGUAACUUUAUUAAAAUUUGGAAUUAGAAUAGGUUUGAUCUCAAUCCUUCACAUGAAGUUUUUAAUAGUUUUUUAUCGAAGUUACCAUUUAGUAACCUCAUUUGAAUGUGGAAUUAACCCACUUUUUUAAUAUGAGUAUAUCGUCUUACUGCCGGAGAGAGGGCAGAAGACGUGUAUGGGAUUUUUACCCACUAAAACCUUGUGGCUUCAAGGCCCAUUUGCUAUAUGAAUUUGAUCCCUGGAUUUCCGUUCGCAGAAUACCGGAUAAAUUCCCAUGUAAUACAACUUGAAGUUAGAUUUGAAAUUGAUAUAUAACUUUUUUUAUUGAGUUUAAAUUUAUUAAAUAAUUUGAACUCAAAUUGAAUCCUCGUACAAUGUACUUAAUAAGAAUUCGAUGUAAAUGAAAAUGACAAAUUUAUAUUAACUAAAUUAUACAAUUGCAAUAUUUCCGUCAUUUUUGUGGAAGUUAAAAUUGAAUUUUCUGUAAUAUAUUGUAUUGCAUAUGUCUAUACUAGGCAUAUUUAAUAAAGAAUCAAGACAUUUUUAAAUUAAAAUAACAGUCCAUAAAAUAAUAAUAAUAAAA